GCAUCAUCCAUCUCCUCAACUUCAACGACAUGAAGCGUCUUGUAAAACGGAGCUCGGCCUGGCUCUCGUCCAGAAAAAGCCGCAUCGCUGAAGCUCGUCACUCAAUGUCGCAACCACCAGAACCUGCCCCGCCUUCAGUCGCAGACGAUCCUCAAGAGACGGGCAGCACAGAAAUCCAUCUUGACCUCUCGAUUCGGCCUCCCGGACCCCAAGGAUAUGUCUGCUGGGAUGCCUCCCAAUGCAAACUCUGCAGCUGCUUGCGCGAUCCCAAAAUAAUCCUCGAUCUGUUUCUGCAUCGCUUCGCUAUCCUGGGCACAACUCGCGACCUCCUCGUGUGGAGCCAGGAAAAUGAACGAUGCAUGCUCUGCAUCUACAUCAUCCUGCAGCUCAUUGACGAAUUAGGCGGACCGGAAUACUUCGUGACCGACGCGAAUUUCAUCAUCCGCUGGAGCUUCGGCCAAGAGUCCGGCCUUGCUCACUCCCAAAUCCACUAUUUCGAGUUUGAAAUGAGCUGGGGGUUUCCCCAGAUGAGGACUCGCCAGGUUCACAUGAAUGCCUUCACCGUCGAUGGCCAGGCUGCCGCAGAUUGCGUUGCCUUUCGGCCCCCGAACCCCGUGGUCGCAGGUCCCGCGGCAAUGGCGACGGCGCGCGGCUGGAUCGAGACGUGUGAGCGUGACCACGCUGAUUGUCGCGCAAAGGGGCCGACACCGCUUCCCACCCGGGUCUUAGAGAUCUCGGGCGUCGGCGCUGAUGACAUUGCUAUUCGGUUGCAUGAGACUGGUGGCGAGGGGGGUCGCUACGUGGCUCUCAGUUACGUCUGGGGUGACCCAACGAAGCAGUACACCACCAUUCAGAGUAACCUAGCUGCACACAAGAAUGGCAUCAUCUUCGAAGACCUUCCUCACGUUGUGGGAGAGGCUGCCGUUUGCGCUCAGCAGCUAGGCAUCAAGUAUCUCUGGGUCGACGCUCUCUGCAUUGUCCAAGACUCCUCCGAGGACAAGGCGCGCGAGAUUGCGGCCAUGGCCCAAGUCUACAAAAACGCCUGGGUGACCGUCGUAGCAGCCAAGUCUACCGGCGCCAGCGAGAGCUUCACUGAACCUCGGCCCGAUAUUCAGGGUUUACCGGGUACCUGUUUCAACAUGGGCAUGAUUGUGCCCAAGGAUGUCAAGGGUCUCUUGGCUUGGAUCGAUGGUCACCGGAAGAAUCCAGAGUACCGCGAGAGCCUAGACUACCGCGACCAAGUCAAAAUGCUGUUCGAGACGACGCCCUGGUUUGCCGACGAAGACGCUUGGGAGGACGACCUUUCAACAGUAUGGCUCGCUGGAAAAGCGGCAGCUCGAGACAAGCGCGAUCUUAUAGACGCUCCGAGUAUUGACGCCGAACCCAUUAGCAAGAGAGGUUGGACGCUGCAAGAGUCUUGGCUCUCGCGCCGAAUGCUCAUCUACGGCUCUGGCCAGACCCUGUGGCAGUGCGGAGAGGGCAACAAGGCCGAUGGAGGUCAAGCGCCGUACCAGUAUCAGACCUUCAAACGCCAUCACUUCUCCCCGCCACUGGAUAGUGUCAACACAGAGAGGUUUAGUAGUAUCUGGAGAGACUUGGUGCAAGACUUUUCAAAGCGACAGCUUGGCGAUCCAGCUGACAAGUUGAACGCACUACAAGGUAUUGUCCACGAGUUAGAGGAGGAGACUGGCGACGAGUACUUUGGCGGUAUUUGGAAAGGCAACCCAAUAGCCGGCUUGUCGUGGUAUCAGAAUGCCACCAACAAAGACCCCGACUUGAUGGUCUUCACUCCCGCCAGGACCUGCCCUUCCUGGUCGUGGGCGAAGGUAGAUGGUCCAUUAUCCUUUUCCGUUGCCGAGAACGUGACGGCUUCGGUAGAGGAUAUCAAAAUCACAAAAAACGAAAUCACCGGCCAUUAUCCAGCCUCAACACACUUGGUCGUCGAGGGCGAAGUUUCAAUCAAAGCCCGUGUGUCGACCCUUGACACUUCAGAAAUUCUUGGGCAGUUCAGAUGGCUUAGCCCAACGUCAACUGCACAGCCGUUUUCAAACCUCCUUUACAUCGACGGGUGUCUGACGAACCCGGAUUUCAAGAUUUCAUACGAAGACGGCCAGCCCACGAUUCUCUGCGAUGGAGACUACAAAUUCUUGGAAUUGAGCAGGGGCAAAUGGGAUGGUCGUCAAAACAUAGCGGCUGAGUCUCGAGGGCUAAUGGUGGUCGCGGUAGAGGGGAGGCCAAACACGUUCCGCAGAGUGGGAUUUUUUAUCGUCGCGUUGGAGUAUGAUGUUGACUCCAUUGCCGGCCAGGACAACGUUAUCCUGUGUCUGUCUGUGGAGGAAGGAAACGUGAAGCCAACGGAAUUUGGAGAGAUGUGGACGGCAUCACUCGAGGAAGAGACAUUGACUUUGGUGUAAGGAGCCACAACGCCUUUCAUCUCGGUAUCCCACUCACUGUUUACCGUGUGUGGAGUUUUGAAGGUACCGAUGCACCUAGCAUGUAGCUUUGAACGAAUUUUAUAGCUUCGUGGAUUCUUUAAGCAUUGGAAUUGAAUCGAAGGAAAUUCAUUCUUCGUUAUUUACAUUAA